AUGGAAUUCCGCGCCCUGGCCCGCGGCCUCCGUGCCCGACCAACCCCAUGGCUCCUCAACACGCCUCGCAUCCAGCAAUCCAACAUCCUCACCACACUCCGCUACAACUCCUCAAGCUCCUCCCCACAAGAACCAAUCAAGCCUCCCACACAAACUAAGGAUUCGUCCCCAUCCGCACAAGCAACCACAACCACACCCACGGAGACCGGGAUCCAGGCGGAAGAAACAACCAAGUCCGCCGCCUCAGACUUCGACGAUAUCCUCAACAAGCUCGAGCUUGGUAACCGCUCCGGAUCACAGCGUGCCCCAACCCGCAGCAGCCGCAUCGCCGAUGCCAUCUCCGGUACCAUGUUCCCGUCCGCUUCGCGCGACGGCGUCGCCGGACAGCUGGCAAGCCGGAAGACCGAGCUGAAGCUUGGACCUACUCUUGGUCGGCAGGUGCACGUUGAGCCGGAGAGGGGCGUGGAUCUUGGUGCUGCUAUUCGCAUGUUGGAGGUCACUUGCAAUGCCAACCAGAUUAAGCAGCAGGCUAAUGCACAGAGAUUCCAUGUGCGGAAGGGUAUGAAGCGCAAGGAGUUGAGACGGUCAAGAUGGCGGAAGCUGUUUAAGUUUUCGUUUAAUGAGACCGUUAAGAAGAUUCAGAGGAUGCAGGCUCAGGGUUGGUAA